AUGUAUCCGCACGACCAUGCACCACCGGUCCAGGCUACCCCUCACAGCCAGCCCCAGUAUAUACCACAUCAGCGCUCCUAUUCCCAAUCUACUGUCACAUCACCGCCAUUAUACCACAGCUACUCUGCGAGCCCGCCUGAGCGCUCAGAUUACGGACAGAUGCCCGGAGCUUAUCCUCAAGAUGUACCGCGUUAUUGGUCUCCUCCACCACAGCCUGUUCAGCCUUAUGCCAGCCAAUCCACUAUCCGCUUUGCUUCCCCACCACCUCCUGAGUCUCGCGGCCAGGGUCCUUUCCAGCAGCAAUGGGAUAGUCUUGACCGCAUGGCUACGAGGUCUUUUACCAAUCUGCGUGACACGGCUGGAAAGGGAAUGAACAAGCUGACUACCAACUGCAUCGAGCGGCCUACAGCUGCUGUCGCGACCAAGAGCAUGCAGACUUUGUGCCGUGGGGCAGCGUUAUACGACGUCAUUACCUCAAAGUUCGACUCUGUUAUUACUAGUAUCGAUGACGAACAGUUCAGCGGUAAAGAGCAAGAUUUGAUGAUGGAGUUUGGUGACCAGAUGGACUACGAGGAGCCCGUGAAAACGAGCCCGCCGCUUGGCGGAGGUAGACGUCAUGGUCGGGAAGAGGUUUCUCCCAAGCCUGGUAGUGACAAAGGAUCAAACCAUUUCUCAAAAGUAUGGCUUUACUCCAACUCACGCCUGCCACCGCAUUUACCCCCUUUUAAAGUGUAUCUCCCGACGUAUCCCUUGUUGUGCUUGGCGGCAACGUACUCUGAAAAGGCGUACCUACCUCCCGGUACCAAGAAGAGCUCUGAAAUGGAGACACACAUCCCUGCCGACUGGCGUAGCGGCACCAAAGCCAUGGUCCUAAAGUCUAUACCCGUUGAAGAGCUGAACACGAUCGUGUUUGCUAUUCGCGGAAGUCAGACAUUCAUGGACUGGGCUGUCAACUACAACUCUGCGCCAAGCAGUCCGGCCAAGUUUCUCGAUGACCCGGGAAACUUAUGUCACGCGGGCUUCCUCUAUGUCGCAAAAAAGAUGAUCAAGCCAGUCGCAGAGCGGCUCAAGGUCUUGCUACAAGAGAAUCCUGCGCGCUCUAAUUGUAGUCUGCUCAUUACCGGCCACUCCGCAGGCGGAGCGGUCGCCGCGUUGCUAUACGCGCACAUGAUGAGCACCAAGGUUGAGUCUGAACUCAGCUACCUCACUAGCUUCUUCAAGCGGGUGCACUGCAUCACUUUUGGUGCGCCGCCAGUCAGUCUGCGGCCGCUCAAGAAGCCCGAAGACAAGCGGCACCGAAAGAGUCUUUUCUACAGCUUCAUCAACGAAGGUGACCCUAUACCGAGAGCUGACAAGAGCGUGCUCCGAAGCCUGCUCAAGCUGUACGCCAGUCCUGCACCCACCACGGCCUCGAGCUCUGGCUCUGCAACGGCGUCGUCGUCCAGAACCAAUGUCUCGCGCUCACAUUCUUCAUCCCCGCCAAAAUCCAGAUCCAAACAUGGCUUUGCUGCACGACUCUCACGAGGAUCAAAAAUCUCGUUGGAAACAAACAAUACCCAAUCGUCUUCGUCUUCUUCACUGCCCGCUUGGCCAAUCCCGCCCUGCACCCUGUCGCCUGCGGGCCGACUCGUCGUAUUGCGGCAGAGAGUAGGGACCAGGAGCGAGGACGACGUCGAAGCCGUGACAGUGGACGAUGAGAUGCUGAGGAAAGUUGUGUAUGGAGAUUUGCUCAAGCACCAGAUGACGACUUACAAGAAGCGCAUCGAGGGUGUUGCUGUUCGCGCCGUUACCGCAAACGGUGUUUGA